CAAUACUGACUGAUUCAUCCAAGUAUAGAUCUACUCAAUGCGUUAUCAGAUACACACACUGCAAGGCACACACGCGUCAUGCGACCAUAUGACAUCGGUCCCUCCUCCUCUCUCGCCGUGCAGCGCAUCAUCUGGACGACCGUCUUGCGUCGGCGGCCUUGCCUGCAGCUGCAGCUGCUGCGCGGCUGACGGGGGUGACCACAUGCGACCGCAGGUACUGGUGCAGCAGGGGCGCCAACCGGUCAGGACUCUGCAUGCCACGACACCACACACAAAGAAUGCCAUAUGAUGGAAGACGUGAGCUGGCAAGGCAAGGCUCGCUCAGCUCACGUCGAUGGCCGCGAGGCAUCCGUCCUGGACUGCCGUCGACAGAAAGGGAAAGUACCUGCACCAAAGAGCACCAACGACAGACAGGCAGCACCAGCCAUCCCAUCGAUCCAUGGCAUGGAGGUGAGCGGCCAGCCAGCCAGUGUCAGUCAGUGUACCGACCCCAGUAGCAUGCCGUCGAGUAUGUUGAGCUUGGCGUCGCGCGAGAUGCCCCCCUUGUGGCCGGACACCCCCCCCAGCCCGCCCCGCUCCGACGCGGCCGGCUCGCGGCACAUCCGGGGGUUGAGACCCAUACGAUGCGGCAGCUGGUGGGCCAGGUGAGACUGAUGGGCAUGGCACACACACACACACACAUACGGACACAUGGCAUGGGAAGGGCUGGCUGGCUGGCCUGCGGGGCUGCAUUGGGGUGUGUGUGUGUGGAUGGGAUGGAUGGCUCACUUGUAAAGGCAGGAGGGAUUGCCAGUCGUGUGACCCGCCGAGAGGGCCGAUCACCACCAGCGCACCGUUGGCACCGCCGCCCAGCUGCACGCAGCCAUCCAGCCAUCCAGCCAUGCAUGAUGUGUCUUGCGUUGGUGCACCAUCCAUCCAUCCAUCGGCCGAUCGAUCGACCCUAUGUCCCCACCCACCCACCAGGCAUCUGCUGGCUCCCCCGAUGGUGGUCCGCACCCACCCCAGGAUCCGCGAACCGCACGCCAACUCACCAGACUCAUCCAAGUCAAGCGUCUGACCCACAUGGUUGCAGAGGGGACAUCAAAGAUGGCCUCAUUGUGUCCCUUCCUUCAUCCCUCCCUCCCUCGAUGGCUCCUAAUCGAGGGAGAUAUGUGUGAGUACCUACCUACCUGGUCGGAGAGAGCGCUGGCUGGUGCCCCCUCCUGCGGCUUGUACUGAUACAGGAAAAUAUUGGCGUGUGGAUCAGACACAACCAUGCCUGACGUGAUGGAUGGAUGCACACACACACACAAAUACAUCAUGUGCACACACAGCCCACACAGGUGGGUGCCAUUUCGUUCAGAGGGCCACUGUGCGAGAGAGAGAGAGAGAGAGUGUGUGUGUGUGCACUGACCGAGUGAGUUUCUGGUAGCGAUCAUGUCGCAGGCGACGGCCGUCAGGCGGGUGCUCGCGGGGGUCCUGCCCAGGUGCACCAGCUUGCGGCUCGCUGGCCGGCCCUUCUCCUCGAAGUUGUACCAUCUGCACACACGAUGAACCAACAUGGACUGAGUGAGGGAGGGGGGGAAACACCCAUGGGCCGUCUGUGGCUGUCUGUCUGUCUGCCUGUCUGUCUCGCUGACUUGAAGAAUGAGAGCCCCUUGAAGAGGUCCCCGAUGAGCACGAAGUCCUUGAUGAUGGAGCAGCAGGUGAUGAACGUCAUGCCGUCAUGGAUCGCACCGCCCAGCAGCUGACGCUCGCCCACCUCCUAGCAUAGCAACAGCACACAGACAGACAGACACACAGACAUGGUCAGUCAGAGAGAUAGAUAGACAGACAGAGAGAGAUCCGCGCGCACACACCUGCACAAUGAGCCUGGCCCCCGCCCCCUCAGUCCUCCCGGCGUGCAUCACAUACGAGCCGCUGGCCGCCUUGCCACUCACAGGCUCGAACCGCGUCAGCACAGACACCGGCCCCUUGUAGCUGCUCUUCAGAUACACACGGAAGCCGUACUGCUCCAUACCCGAGGCGCCCUCUGUGCCCGCCGCUAGUGGUGGUGGUGGGUGCGGGGGGAUGACGUCCAUGGCGUCGUCGGAGGGGUUGGGCAGCUGCAGGAGGUAUACCUGGCCACUAGUGUGGCCUUCCGGCUGGUCGGUGUGCAGCUGCGCGGAGCCCACGGCCAGCAGGGUCUCGCCUGAUUUGAUUCAAGCAAGGCAAGAGAAAACAUACAUUGUGUUUGUGUGGAGUGGAGACGCUUAUGCAUGUAUGUUUGUGCACUGCAGUGCAGUGCAGUGCACUGCACCAUAGAUGCGGAGGAAGCUGAGGCUGAGCACCUUCUCCAGAGGGCCGAACUUCCACCAACUGACAGACAACCGAGUCACAAACCCAAACCCAGACCCAAGCCGACACAAACACAAAAGGGUCAUUCGUCACAUGACCCCCUAGGGCCCCCGGUGUUUCUUCCUUUCCUUCUUCUCGGCACUUACGCGCAGGGUGCAUGCAGCCCGCCAUCCAGCCUGUACAGCCUCACCUCGUGCCUGUCAGUCACCCUCCUCAACCCCACACCAGCCCCAGCCCCGUCGUCAGACUGCAGCAGCAGCAGCCGCUCAUUGAAGGACCCCCUCAGCGACUCGGGCACAUACUCACUGUCUUCAUCCUCCAGGCCCGUCUUGGGCCCAUGGUACGCCACCACUGGCUCCUCGUCAGCCAGCGGGACGGCCACGGCCAGCAUGCCCACCGAUGGGUCGCUCAGAGCCAUAGGGCCGCAGGGAGAGCCCAUCAGGACGGUUUGGGGAUGAGUCUCAGUGGCUGCCGACGGGGCAUCAGGCUGGGGCGGCAAUGGCGGCUCCUCUGUGUCUGUGUGGUCGAUGACGUCCUCGGGGGGAGGGGGAGGGGACGGGCGAGGAAGGCUGCCCAGGGGCACCUAAGGAUGGAUGGAUGGAUGGAUGGCAAGAGAGAGGAAAGAGCGGAGUGUGGGUGUGCAUUGCGUCCGUCCGUGUGUCCGAGCAUGGAUACCUUCAGUUGGGGUAUUGGCUUGGCCAGGUCCCAUUUGGCGAUGUGCUCGACGGCAGAUGAGGGGGCGACAUCGCUGCUGCCGGGUGCGUCACCGUCGUUCCUCUGGGGGAUGUCCAGCUCCUCAACCUACACACACAACAGACACAUAACAUCCAGAGAGAGGGGAGAGAGCACUGACGUCAAGCAGUAUAUGUGUUGGUUGCAGCCCUCAAUGCAUAGAAUGGAUGCAGCUUACGUAUUCCAGCCGGAUCAUCGACGUCGACGACAGACUCAAGAAGCUGAACAAACACACACGACAGCAGCAAGCGUGAACCAAGCAGGGACGCACAACACGCUUACGCAUGGGGAUAGGCCGGCGUCCUGAAGGGCACUAGCGCCACAGCCGACGGGUCGGCGUUGGGGUGCACAAACACCUCACCCCGCCUGCCCACCACCCACAAAGGCCCCGCCUCCUGACCCCUCCCACCACCACCUCCCUCCGUCCGCGGCGGCACCACAAACGCGCCCCUCUCGCCCCCCACUGACACGAACGGGACCACCUUGCCUCCGCCAUAGACGCCGAAGGGCACCAGCUCGCCCGUCGAGGCCUGAUGCUGAUAGGAGGGCAUGAUGGGCAGCACAAUAGGGUGCAUCAUGAGCUUGAAGCGGUAGGGGAACGACGGGUCGGUCUCGGGGAACUCUUCGCUCAGGUCUUGCUCCUCCUGUGGGGGCGGCCUGUGUGCGCGGUAGAUGAGGAUGGGCCGGCUGGGAAGGAAGACGACGAGCGUGGGGGUGCUGUCGAUGUCGAUCAGGUCGGCCCCCCACACCACCUUAAGCUGGGAGGGGAGGGCGGGGGAGUGUUGGUGGGGGGGCUUGUUCUGCGGGAGAGGGUCGUGCGUCGACAUGUGUCGCGGGGCAGCCGUGGGGUCCGUCAGCGACCGGAAGACAUCCGAGGCAGACAUGUAGCGGUCCUCAGCAUCACCUAAGGCAAUGAAUGCACCAACGCAGCGCAGCACAGCACAGCACAACACGCAGAGGUCAGGUGAGCUUGUAAUAUGGGUUUGGCCUGGCUGACCUGAGUGGCAUGUCCGCAGGAUGGGCGGGACCAGGUAGAGCUGCUCCACAUAGAAGACCACCCUCUUGCUAGCCAUCUCGACCACACUCAGCGACCCCUCCCUGCCCGUCACUGCCGCAAACACAGCACCCUCCUCCUCCGAAUAGCAGCUGAGCGUCAUGACGUCCCCUGUCAUGCAGUCGGGCAGCCCGUCCACCUCCCGCAGCACCCCUGCUGCGGCCUGGUACGCCCUCACUCGGCCAGUGUCGAAUAGCACGGCCACAUAGGGCUCGUUGACGCAACCCUUGACGGCCAGGGAAAGGUCGUCCCCCUCGUUGAAGUCGAUGGACGUCUCACUAUGGGCGUCGGUCGUCAGGUCCCCUUGGUCGGUCAUGGGGAUGGCGUGCAGUGCGUUUGGGGUGACCUGGACAAGGAGCCCUGUGAGCGCCCCCGCACCCACAGUGCAGCUCUCGCUGUCAAUGUGGAUGUCUUCGGUGACCUCCUCCAGCCGGUCGUCCUCCGCGCUCGUGGUGGCGGGCCUCAUGGCCAGCGCAUAGGUGCGCCCGACACUCAGCCGCGCAUCGCUGCUCACCAGCACAUAUGCGUGACGGUGAGAACCGCCCACGUCAUCAUCACCACCACCACCACUGUCAGCCGCCCGCCUCAGCGAGGUCUGCAUGCUGAUCGACGGCAGCCCAUCGCUCUUGCUGACCUCGCUCCUCUCCCCUCUGGCCGUUAUGUGGCCGUCGACAUUACCCUCCCCUCCCACCUCGCCGCCCCCGUCUCCCCGCUUCCUCUUGACUCCCCCGCCCCGACCACCACCCGACCGCGCCAUCUGGUGGCCCACAUGGAUGGUCCAAAGGUAGCCGGCGUCCUGUAGGUCAAAUUCCACGAUCGAGUAGGUGGGGACGGUCCGCUGGAUGGCGCAGAGGAGCGGCGGGAGGGCGGGUCUGCCCUCGAGAGUGCCGCCCAUGACGGCUGCGUAGCGCAUGGUACGGAGUUCCUCGGUGCGCUCGGAGGGAAGGGCGGUCUCCAUGCCCGAGAUGUCGACGCGUCGCGGCCACUCGGCGAGGGUGCGGAGGCUGCCGGUGCAGUCCAGCUGGUCGACCAGUGUGACGUCGUACUGCGACAGCUCACAGCGGUUCGCAGACUCACGCUCAUCGCAGAGAGCGAUGUAUUUCUCCAGCUCUCCUCUGCCUUUGGCAUCUUGGUCCGACGUCAUGCCGGCGACGGAAGUGUCGUCGUCUGCCAUGGCGGCCUUGAGCUUCCCAAACCAGCCGUUGACGGGCUUGACCAGCAGCCCCCCGCCUCCGUCCUCUCCCCCGCCAUUAUGCCACCCCCUGCUGUCGACCGAGUACCGCCCCACCUCUGUCAGUGUAACGACUGACGGGCCCACACCAGCCGCCCCGAGGCCGCUCAGCAUGAAGGAAAGAGGCGCGCCGGGGGUGCCUCCUGCCGCUGGUUUGGCGGAGAGGGGCACGAUGGUGUGCGUGUGCAGCGGUUGGGGGCAGUCGACCUUCUGCCAGAGAAUGUCGAUGACGCCGUCAGUGGGGUGCGUCACCUGCACAGAGAAGAAACAAAGUGAGAGGAGUCUAUCUCUGCUGGCCGCCUGUGCGCCGCUAUAUUUUUAUGGUUGGUGUGUGUGUGUGUGUGUGUUGCUUACAAGGUGUAGUAGGAAGAGUGUGCCGUCCCGGAGGAUGGCGAUGAUGCACGACGGUGUCACGUGGCUCCAGCAGAGGCCGUCCAGACGCACACCCAUCUCACUCUUGUCCCUAUCAACCAACAGACAGACAUAUCAGGGCGCGGCGCAAACCAAACAUGGCAGCUAACAAGCAAGUCUGCAGACAAGCCAACGAUUGCAGCUAUGUACCUCACCUGACAGGAAGGGUACAGAAGUGUUGCAGCUCGCCCGUGAGCCAGGCCCCCUUGUGCGUGACCUGCACGAACCCCCCGCCCCACCCUCUGCUGUAUACCACAACCGUCGGCGACACCACCAGGCAGCCAGCCAGCACCGACAGCGGCCUCUCGUCGCCCUCCGCCAUCGAGCGGGGCACCAGCGGGAUCACCUCUGAGCAGUCCAUCGGCAGGUCCUCUUGCUGCACACAAUGGGUGUGUGUAUCUGUCCAUUGAUGGUGAUGUGCUGGUUGGCUGGUUGGUUGGCUGGUAACCUACUUUGGACAUGACGGUAACUCGUUUGGCGUCACAGUCGACAGCCGCGAGCAUGAGGCAGCACGCCCCCCGACUCAUCCCCAGCCGCCCGCACCACACCUGCACACACACAGGCGCAUCCCUCCCUGCAUGCUCACACAAAUGCAGACAGACAGACAGACAGACGCACCGGUCGGGUUUGGACGAGCAGUGCCAGUGUGAGCUGCGAAGGACCGUCCACAAAGGCAAAGUCCACCUGAGAAGAAAGACCACCGGACGGAUGGACACUUUCGUUCGGUGGUGAGCGGUUGUGUGAGGUGCAGUGCAGGGGUGGAUCAGGUCGAUCAGGUCCCCCACCCACCAGUUGGUGCACCCCCAGCUGGGCCUUGAUGGCCACGGACCAGGACGCCCCCACAAACAGGUCACCAGACAAGAGCUCGUGAUGCCUACACACACACACACACACACCCAGAGAGAGAGAGAGAGAGAGAGAGAGACAGAGGGGCCCACCAUGAGCUUUUCAUGCAACAACACACGACAGACAUGGGUGCACCUCCCUCUGUCCACCCCCCCCACCCACCCGAAUUGUUCGGCUUCCUUCUCGACAGCCUGGUCUUGCCUGUCCUGGAUGACGUCGCCACCCAAGGCAUCUGCAGUGCCGGCUCCCCCACCGCCAUCGCCCCUCUCCUCACUCUCAUCAGCCACGCGCCGGAACGGCACGAUGAUCAGAUGGUCGCCAAACAGACGCAACGCAGCACAGCCGCAAAACACCGGCUCCACACCGUCAUGCUGCUCGGAUGGCUGCGUGACACACAUACAGACAAGAAAUAGAGCAACAAGUGGCUGUUGGCAUUCUUGGCUGGCUUCAGUGACUCAGUCAGAUGCACACACACACAGACCUACCUGUUGUGUGUGUGGUUGUGCGAUGCGCAUGGUGGGUGUGAGCUGCGGGUGGUUGGUCAUGGCCCGGGUGAGCUCGGGCAGGUUGAACGAGUGCAGACUCAGCGUCGCAAAGUCGUUCAACUCCACGCUGUAACCGCACACCACCAACUGAACACACACACACACACACGGCCCGCGCUACGCUCCACAUUUUUCUCCCUCUUCCCUUCUGCAUACCUGCCCCAUUUUGAAGAGCAGCGCCACUCUGUCAGCGUCGCCGCUGCCAUCCCCGCCAGUCAUAUGGAUCGGCGCGGCGUCGAGAGGCGAGCCAAAGAGCUGCGCCUUGCACACCUGCCGCAGCUGCUUGCAGCCCUCGUGGUGAGCAUGUUGCUUAUCAGCCAGUCGCCACAGCUCGAUGUGGUAGCUUCUGAUGAGGAUGGCGGAUGGCGCGCCGGGGGCAGCAAAGCAGCCGUGGAGGCAGAAGUCGACGGUGGACGGCGGGGAGAUCUCCUCAAACACCGCGUGACUCAUGUGAUCACUCAGAGGGAGUGCUGGUGAAUGAAUGCUGGCUGGUGCUCCAUCACCAUGAGAUGUUACAGACAGAGAGAUCUAUCUACCACCUUGUGGUGGCCCCUCAG